AUGAGGGACAAGACUCUAUUCCCUGAAGAGCAAGCUGGGUUUCAAGGGCUGGAGAAGCUUCACCAAAAGGGAAUGGAGGUACGGGCCUUUGCCCAGAGAUUCUGGACUGGGGCGGAGAGGCUGGACGUUCAAGAUAUGGACCUUAAGGACAUUUUUAAUCUUUGUCUGGAUGAAUCCUUACCGCACUGGGAGAUGGAACUGGUGAAGUCACUGGAUUUCUGGAACUUCUCCAGGUACCUGCAGCUCCGAAAGGAGGGAAAGUCAAGCCCAGGAUCCUUCAUUGAUUCCCACGCUCAAGCGGAGGUAAAGAAGGAGGGCAGCAAAGACUCUGGUGGUCUCAAGUCCGGUGGUCCUGGAGGACCUGUCUCUGGUGGUCCCAGGUCAGGUGGUCCUGGAGGACCAUACUCCGGUGGUCCCAAGUCAGGUGGUCCUGGAGGACACUACUCCGGUGGUCCCAAGUCAGGUGGUCUUGGAGGACCCGACUCUGGUGGUCCCAGAAGUUUCUGA